GUCCGACACACUUAUCGUCACCCCACUUCUUCUCCCAAACAACCUCGUAGCUUAUAAGGUUGUCAGAGAAGGUUCAAUGGCGGUUUCUGUUAAGGAUAAUAACAUUACUGCUGUUUUGUUGUGUGUUUUGGUGCUUGUUGGGGGCUGUUCCGCUCAGCUUUCGCCUGGGUUUUACUCGAAAUCAUGCCCAAAGCUUUUCCAGACAGUCAACUCUGUUGUGCGCUCUGCAAUCCAGAAAGAGGCUCGCAUGGGCGCCUCUCUCCUUCGCCUCUUCUUCCAUGACUGCUUUGUCAACGGGUGUGAUGGGUCAAUUCUCUUGGACGAUACGUCUUCCUUCACCGGAGAGAAAAGGGCGGCCCCCAACUUCCAGUCGGCUCGUGGAUUUGAGGUCAUUGACCAAAUCAAGUCUGCUGUCGAGAAAGUUUGUCCCGGAGUUGUGUCGUGUGCUGACAUUUUAGCUAUUGCUUCUCGUGACUCAACUGUUACACUUGGAGGGCCUAGUUGGAAUGUGAAACUUGGGAGAAGAGAUGCUAGGACUGCAAGCCAAGCUGCAGCCAACAACAGCAUUCCUCCUCCCACUUCUAACCUCAAUCGCCUCAUCUCCAGCUUCAGUGCCGUUGGCCUCUCGACCAACGACAUGGUUGUUUUAUCAGGCUCACACACAAUUGGACAGGCCCGGUGCACGAACUUCAGGGCAAGAAUAUACAACGAGUCAAACAUAGACUCAUCCUUUGCCCAAUCCAGGAAGGGCAACUGCCCUAGAGCAAGUGGGUCCGGGGACAACAACUUGGCCCCACUCGACCUCCAAACCCCAAUAAAGUUUGACAACAACUACUACGUCAACCUCGUUAACAAAAAGGGUCUUCUCCACUCUGACCAGCAGCUCUUCAAUGGCGUCUCAACAGACUCAACUGUGAGAGGGUACAGCACAAACCCAACAAAAUUCAGCUCAGAUUUCGCAGCCGCCAUGAUCAAGAUGGGUGAUAUCAAACCCCUCACUGGGAACAAUGGAGAGAUCAGGAAGAACUGCAGGAGAAGGAACUAAUUAAUUAAUAUAAUAUAUUAAUCCUAUUAUAAUUACUAUAAUUGUCUGUAAUGGAGAUUUCUGAAGCUUUAGUUUGAUUUUCUUGUGUUAUGUUAAGAACUAUUGAGGUGCAUUGGAAGUGUUGACAGCAAGGUCAGAGGAUAGUUUUUCUUGAGUUAAAGUGUUAAGUGUGUGAUAGUUAAUGGUGUGAUGAAGGUUUUCUAUAUAUAAAAAUCCUUAAUAAAAGUCCCCAUAUUUCUUCAAU